CUCUUACUGACUGCAUGUGAGGAAAGGAGCACCUGCCCAGGAAUUGAUGGAUCUUGUUCAACCCCAGAAUCAGCCUGUCAGUCAAAGGGCUUUAGACUGUCUAUCUGAAAUGUUGGCACAAAGUUGCUCCACAAGCAACUUAAAGUUUAUAUGUGAGUUCAAGCCUGGGCCUAGUCCACCACAGGCAUCGGAGGAUGAAGAUAACAACUACAAUACAGACUGUCAAUCAGUGUCAGUCAUCCUCCCUGCACAAUGCAGUGUCUAUCAGCUUCGCCUGAGCAUCUGCAUGCUGGCCCAGGAAAAUAAUUGCCAAGCAGAACCACUUGAAAUACUAGAUCAAGAAAAGUACUCUCUACUAUAUGCCAAAGAGGGAGACUGGUAUGAGGCCUUUGAUGAUAGUGAGGUUAUCAGAUCAUUGGACAUUCCAAUGUCACAGGAUGACACUGGACAGCUAUCAGCACACAUAGUGGUAAAACGGCUCAUGGCGUCUGAUUCAGAGGUGAUAAAGAAACAACAGCAGUGUCUGGCUUAUCUGAUUGGACACAAUCUGGAUGAAGAAGCAUCUGACAGACUUAGUGAGCCCAAAUUCACGCGCAGGAAACUGGUGACGAUGAGGACACAAGAGCUGAGGAAACGGGAUGACCUGUUGUAUGCCACUGAGCCUUGGAUUACAUGCGCCCCUCUUCCAAAUGACCUACAAGACACCCCUAACAUCAAGCUACCUGUCACCUUUCAUUUCCUCAACAAAAUCAGCUUCAGCAUACAGGUGGAUUUAAGUGCAACACCGACUGUUCUUUUAAAAGUUUUUAGAAGAGUGAUGGCCAACCAGAGGGUUUAUUAUGACACCUCUGAUAAUCUGAUUUUGAAAAUCUCUGGCAGGGAGGAGUUUUUAUCUGGAGAUCAGCCCCUCAGUGAUUUCCUUUGGGUUCGACAGUGUUUGAAAAACAAACAAGACCUCCACCUCUCUGUUGUCCCUGUGUCACAAGUUCUUGAUCAGACAGUUGAGUUUGUAGACUGGCCACUCAUUAAUGAUUCCAGUGGUCAGUUCAGCUCCCAAGAUGACCUCUGCCUCAAGGGAAAGGAUUUGGAAGACAUCUUCAAGAUAUCGCUAUGGGAUUGCAACAGAAAACUCAGAGUCAAAUUGCUCGGCUUUGAUAUCCCAACACUUCCAAAUAAAUGUCCUCAGUCUGUUUAUGUAAGUGCCUCUGUACUAUAUGGUAACAAGGUCCUCUCUUCAGUGUCCUCCGUUCCCAAAGACUUCGCAGAUGAAGUACUGUGGAAUGAGUGGUUGAACUUUGAUGUUCUCCUCAGGGACCUACCACGUGGAGCCAAGCUUGGUUUCACUAUCAUUGGUAAUGGUGGUGAUUACUCCUCAGUAACCAAAGACUCAAAGUCAACAUCAUCUUCAGGCAAUAAAGCGCCAAACAAACAGAAAGGGAAGGUGCUUUACUUCGUUAAUCUUCUCCUCAUAGAUCACAGGUCUGUCCUUACCCAGGGUCCCCACACACUCCACAUGUGGUCCUACCCUGACCUAGAGGAAGAGGCCAUCACCUAUCAGGCAGACAAGCUGUCCUCUGCUACUAACCCAGACAUAGCUGACUGCAUGGCUAUCAGCUUCCACCUCGACCACUACAGUCUCCCAGUUGUUCUCCCAAAUAGAUUAAGUUCUUCUGAAUGUUCUAACAGUCCCACAUCCAAUGUGAACAUGACUCAAUAUUUUCCUUCCCAUUACGCAUUCCCAGAUUCACCUUUCUCACCCACUUCCACCUCAUCCAGCAGAGAUUCUUCCUCUCCACAAGAGAAUAGUCUCCAAGAAUCAAUAACUGAACAUGCAACUCUUAGAUCUUCAUCUCCAGUCAUUGGCAUCAACAGGGAUGGUUUUAACCAAAGAUCCCGGGAGGAAAGCUUAUGUAAUGCUUCCAUAUUACCUCAUUACCUGCGCAAUGUUGAUUGGAUGAAUCACAGAGUGGUUGAGGAUGUCCACCAACAGUUGGAAAACUUGGAUCCUGGGGAACUCGAUGUCACAGUGGCCCUGGAGCUGUUAAGUAUAGACUUUGCUGAUGUUCUCGUCAGGAGACUAGCGGUCAAGAAGUUGAAGAGCCUCUCAAAUGAUGAUGUCUUGAAGUAUUUGCUGCAGCUGGUGCAGACCCUCAAAGUUGAACCUUAUCAUGGCAGUUACUUGGCUCAGUACCUCAUCCAAAGAGCUCUGGGGAGCAAGAGAAUCGGCCACUUCUUCUUCUGGUAUCUCCGCAGUGAGGUGGCAGGAUGUCCUUACUUCCGCCAACGCAUGGCUGUGAUACUUGAGGCAUACCUUUUAGGCUGUGGUCAGGCAAUGAUUGACAGCUUUAACAAACAGGUCCAGGCUGUGGUUUCCCUGCAGGAGGUUGCUAUAAUGAUUAAAAACAUCUACCCUGACAAGACUGACCUUUCUCCUACUGCUCAUCUCAAAGUUCAAGAGCUCCUUAGAAACUGCAGUCUGCCCGAGGAGUUCCUGCUGCCCUUUGACCCCCGCAUAAAAGUUGGGAAGAUACUGCUAGACAAAUGCAAAGUGAUGGCCUCAAAGAAGAAGCCUCUUUGGUUGGAGUUUUGUCCCUUGCCAUCACCAACCCCUACUCAACCCGUUGGAAUUAUUUUCAAAGAGGGGGAUGACCUCAGGCAGGACAUGCUGGUUAUCCAGACACUGGCAGUGAUGGACUCCAUCUGGCAGGAGAAAUCUCUUGAUCUUAACCUUAUUCCAUAUGGCUGUAUUUCAACAGGACACAAUACAGGCAUGAUUGAGAUUGUGAGAAAUGCAGUGACCAUUGCAACAGUCCAGAGGAACCAUGGAGGAACAACUGGGGCCUUCAGAAAUGACGCUCUGUUUGAGUGGCUGAAGUCCAAAUGUCCAUUCCAGGAAAUUCACUACAAGAUAGUGGAGAGGUUUGUGAAUUCCUGUGCCGGUUACUGUGUGGCCACAUAUGUACUGGGUAUAGGAGAUCGGCACAAUGACAACAUCAUGAUUACGGCUGAAGGAAACCUGUUUCACGUUGACUUUGGACACAUCCUGGGUAACACAAAGCACUUCCUUGGGGUAAACAGGGAACGUGUACCAUUCGUCCUCACUCCUGACUUCCUCCAUGUCAUGGGCAGAGGAAAAGGUGGCAACAGCCUCUACUUCCAGCAGUUCAGGGACACAUGCACCCAAGCUUACCUCUCCCUGCGCUCCCAUUCUCAUCUGCUCGUCACCCUUUUCUCCCUCAUGCUACUGACCGGCAUCCCUGAGCUGAGCGCUGCGGAGGACAUGCGCUACCUGCGUGAGGCACUCCAGAUGAAACAUAGUGAAGCAGAGGCUAAGAAGCAUUUCCUGCAGCAAAUCUCUGUUUGUGAACAUCUUGGAUGGACAGUGCAGGCCAACUGGUGGAUCCACAUGUUUGCAGGCAUCAAGUAAACUGAUAACAGAAAACCUCUUCGGGACUGACAAAACUUUUUUGAGAAAUAUUCUACUGAUUCUCGAGACAUGGAACAAAACAUGUCCAGCAUUUGUGGAUGCUAUUGCAUUAAAAGAUGAAAUUAUUGUUAAUUCUAUUUGCUCUGUGGUAUGAAUAUUAGAAUGCAUUUAACACAAUUAUUUGAUUCAAUUUCAUUUAUGUCAUCAUUAUAUUAAAUCUAUGUCCCUUACUCUUUUCCAAAUACAUCUAAAACAGUGUCCACAGAGAGGGGUUCAAUCAUUCCUUUAAUGGAUACAAAUUGUUUUUUUAAGGAUUUAAAAAAGAGCUUAUUCCAUUAAAAAUAAAACCUAUUAAUAUUUUUGUCACAGCAAAGUUGAUUUUCAAUGACUCAUGCAUUUUUUUAAGUUUCAAAGUUGUUUCACCAAUUGUUGUAGAACUGUCAGACAUUCAUUAAAAUCUUAUAAAAACAGACAAUAAUAGGAGCAGCUGUCAUUCUGAAAGACUCUUGUAUGUUGUAUAGUUUUAGAGUAUUUAAAUCUUGAUGUCAAUAUUUCCUGUGCUACAACCUUACUGUGUCAUCACUGUCUUCCAAUUUCUGAGGAAACUAUUUGAAAUAUUAAGAUGUUUUUAUUCUAUCAAAGUUGCUUCACUUGGUAUCUAGUAUCAAGCUGAAAACAAAAUGGCUCCAACAUAAACUCUGUGUUUUGUGAAAAAAAUGGAAAUAACAAUUUGCAAGGUAGUGCAUACGGCGUUUUACAAACCGAGUAGUUGUCUGUUUUUAAAUCAUGCCAAACCUUCAAUAAUAAUAAUGAUUAUCAGGUUUAUUGGUAACACUUUACAAUAAUGGUACACUUUUUUAGUAAAUGAAUGCUUAAUUAAUCUUGAAGUCAUCAGGACUCACGAUGAAUAUCUGCAUGAAUUAUUGAUUAAUUUGUGUUUAAUAUAGGCCUACCAUUAGUUAAGCAUUGUUAAUUAACCGUUACUUCAUACCUCAAUUCAUGUAAACAAUACACCCUUGUAAAAAUUAUUAAAAAUAUAUUACACUGCUAUAUAUAUGUGCUAUAACAUGUAAUUUAUCUUUUUGUGAUAUUGUGUUGACACUGCAAAAGUUUGUGUAA